CACUUGGCUUCCUGGAAACCAUGUUGCCAUUUCUCUGUGUCAGAAGACUCUAAUUGUGUAAAAAUAUGAACCUUGAUGACUAAACCAUUUUUCAAACACCACUUCAUUCUAAAACUUUUGCAAGCUUUCUUUGAAGAGGCACUAUCAUCAUAAUAUAUGGUCCAAUAGUGUGAAGAACAAUCUUUGUUUCACUUGAAUUAAACUCCAUGCCGAUUCCGUGCUGCAAAUCUCCAGUCGCUCAAAGAUGAUGUUAGAAGGAGCAGCCUCUUGCUAUCUUAACAAUGGAAGGUCAGUCUUGUGCUAACACAGAGAUUAUCCAGCAAGAACCCUCCGGAUCAAGUCCUCCACCCUUCCUUAACUUGCUGAAAAUACAUCGAGAACUUUUAGUCAGCAAAAUCCGAAACACCCAGUGUUUGAUUGACAACUUGAUUAAAAAUGAAUACUUCUCUACUGAAGAUGCAGAGAUUGCUGCACAGUUUCCUACUCAAGCCGACAAGGUUCGUAAAAUUCUGGAUCUUGUUCAAAGCAAAGGAGAAGAAGUUUCAGAAUAUUUCAUCUACAUCCUGCAAGAGGUCUUUGAUGCGUAUUAUGAACUACAGCCUUGGUUGGAUGAAAUAGAAUUCCACCCUUCACAGAAUAUUCAAAAUAAACCUGUUGUAAAUACAGAUCCAGUCAGCAGGUACCGUCAGAAACUCAAAUAUGAAUUGGCAAGAGACACAAAGUUUGUUAUGUCGUAUGCUCAGAAGGAGGAAAUGCUGCUGGAGGAAACCUAUGCUGCUAGUCUUAUCGAGCUGGUCAGUUAUACCAAUGAGAGCCUAGGCAAGGUGAGCUGCCUAGAAGAUCUGUUUGAUGACAGAAUUGGGUUAAUUAACGAAGAUGGAGAGACAAUCUACAUCUUUGGUGAUGCAGGUAUUGGAAAAUCCAUUUUGCUCCAAAAGAUGCAAAAUCUUUGGGCCAGAGGAGAAUUGGAUGUAGGUGCCAAAUUUUUCUUCCGGUUCAGGUGCAGGAUGUUUAGCUGUUUUAAAGAGAAUGAAGCCAUCUGUUUGAAGGAUCUCCUGUUCAAAUACAACUGUUACCCAGACCAGGACCCCGAGGAGGUAUUCAACCACAUCCUAUACUUCCCUCAUACAGCCCUCUUCACAUUUGAUGGUUUUGAUGAGAUCAAUUCCGACUUUGACCUGAGCAGCAUCCCUGAGAUCUGCUCACCCAAUGAACCUACCCACCCUCUUGCCCUGUUGGUGAAUCUUCUCAGUGGAAAGGUUCUUAAGGGAUCAAGGAAAGUUCUGACAGCAAGGACAGGAACUGAGAUCCAUCAAAAUAUCAUUAGGAAGAAAGUACUGCUCCGAGGGUUUUCCACCAGUAACCUGAAGGAAUACACUGAGAAAUUCUUCAGAGACGAGGAGUGUCGGGUAUUGAUGUCGAACCAGCUGGAAGCAAACCCCAGUCUCUGCAGUUUGUGUUCAGUGCCUUUGUUUUGUUGGAUUAUCUUUAAAUGCUUUGAACUCUUCCGUUCCAUGUUUGACAGUCAUGAGCUUCCAAACUACUCAGUUACACUCACCAAUGUAUUUUUGCUCAUGACUGAAGUUUACUUGAACCGAACUCUGAAAACAAAUUUGCUGAAGAAGAACACCAGAAGCCAAGUGGAGACAUUCAGGUCAAAAAAGGAAACUCUGUUCUCUUUGGGUAAAAUAGCACACAUGGGGAUGGAGAAGUCUCUCUUUAUCUUUGACCAGGAGGAAGUCACAUCCUUGAACAUGUCAGAGCAGGAUUUGCACCUGGGAUUCCUCAGGACGGUUCAUGACUGUGGUGGCUUUGGAGACCAGUCCUCCUAUGAGUUCUUGCACUUGACCCUGCAGUCUUUUUUCACAGCUUUGUUCCUAGUUACUGAAGAGAAAUUGAGUACAAAGGAGUUACUGAAGUUUUUCGCAGAGUGCUCUUCCACUGAGACUGCCCAGUCUACUUGUCUCCCUAUUUCCUGGUUGCGCAAACUCUCUAUAGGAGAAGAUCCUUUCCGAAAUAAAGAACAUUUUCACUUCACCAAUCUUUUCCUCUGUGGUCUGCUUUCCAAAGACAAGGAGAAGCUCAUCAGACAUUUAGUUUCGCCUGCAGCCAUUAAGAGGAAAAGAAAUGCGCUCAUCACAUAUCUCUUAGAAAGCAUGAAAUUUCAAUUGCAGAGCCUGAUGCGGGCAAGACAUAAGGGUUAUAAACAGAUUCAGGUCAUGCCCAAUUUUGUUUGGAUGCUGAGAUGCAUUUAUGAGACUCAAAGUGAAAAACUAGCCAAGCUGACUGUCAGGGGCAUGAGGGCCAACUGCAUCAAACUCACCUAUUGCAAUGCCUAUUCGUCGGACUGCAGCGCCAUAUCCUUUGUGAUGCAGCACUUUCAGAAGCAUCUGGGUCUGGAUCUAGACAACAAUAAUAUCAAUGACUAUGGAGUAAAACAGCUUCUACCUUGUUUUAACAAGCUUGCGGUGAUCAGGCUGAGUGUUAAUCAGAUCACAGAUCAUGGAGUAAGAGUACUAUACGAUGAGCUCUCCAAGUACAAAAUUGUGACUUACCUGGGCUUGUACAACAACCAAAUUACUGAUGUGGGAGCGAAAUACGUUGCAAGACUCAUUGAAGAAUGUUCAAGCCUCACAUAUGUUAACAGAAUAGGAGCAAACAAGAUAACCACGGAAGGAGGGAAAUGUCUUGCCCUUGCUAUCCAGAAGAGCAAAACGAUGUAUGACAUUGGGAUGUGGGGUAACCAGGUGGGAGAUGAAGGAGCAAAGGCAUUUGCAGAAGCGCUGAGGAAUCACCCCUCCUUAACAAAUGUGAGUCUUGCAUUCAAUGGCAUCACGCCAGAGGGAGGCAAAAGCAUUGCCGAAGCUUUGAAGCACAACAACACCGUGAAAAUAUUUUGGUUGACUAAAAAUGCGAUAGAUGACGAAGCUGCAGCGAGUUUUGCAGAGAUGCUGAGAGUCAACAAGAAGCUAGCGCAUUUAUGGCUUAUCCAGAAUCAGAUUACAGCCAAAGGGGCCAAAUACCUCAGCGAAGGUCUCCAGGAGAACACAACCAUUAAAGAAAUCUGCUUAAAUGGGAACCCAAUCAACCAAGAAGAGGCCAAAGCCUUUGCAGAGGAAGAGCGGAUUAUUUGCUUUUGAGUGUGUUCUUUCCAGUUUGGACAAGCUGAGUAUUACAAGUACUGUUCCAGCACUUGGAGACAGCAGGCUUACCAAGGCAUCCAUCUGCACUGGGGACAUCAGAGCAUGUAAAAGAGUCUGAUUAACUGGCUUUUUAAGAACACUCUGCCCUUCCCCCACCAGCAAGGUGCCUGUGUUGUUACUCCACACUUUUGCAGAGUGGGACAGUGCCUUAGAGAACUAUGUCAAAUUGACUAAGCACCCUAUAAAAGUGCUAUGUCCGUGUAAUCAAACCAAACCCCUGGCAGCUCUAUGUACUUUGAUACAUGGAUAUAGAUGUAUUAUGUAAAUAAGUCUCUUUAUAGCUUAUUUAUAUGCACAAUUAAGGGUGCAAGAGCCACAAGCUCACAGCCAUAUUCCCCAGUGGACUGAGAAAAAGCUUGUGAGCAUUGGGAGAUCCUGAGUAGAACUGUAAGCCAUCCAUGCCUGGCAUUUUCUGCUGUUGCCUUCAGCAUUGAUACUCAUUCCUGCCUGGUACCUGAGGUCUAAUUUUCCCAUCAACUGUCAAUGGAGGUGUGGAUGCUCAGAAGGGCCGGCUUAAAGCUGAUUCGGCCAAUUCCCCAGAAUCAGGGCCUGCACCUUAGGUGCCUUUUAAAAUUUUUUUUAACGCACCCUGGCAGCGGUCCGCUCCGCCGGGGUCUUCAGCAGCCCCAUUCCUCUGGCCAGAGCACCGGUCAGAGCAUGGCAAGCCCUGUGGCCCCACUCUCCUGACCGGAGCUCCGGCCAGAGCACGGCUGCCCCACAAACCCAGCCGGAGUGUGGCAAGCCCCACAGCCCUGCUCUUCUGCCUGGAGCCCUGGCUUGCAAUCCAAAGUGCCACUGAAGACUGGAAGCACCACCCAGUGAGUACAAGCCCCAGGAAUUGGGCCCCGCACUUGCUAAAGCCAGCCCUGGUGCUCAACACUCCUGAAAAGCAAGAUCUUGGACUUUAGGUGUUGGUUAUUUUUAAUAUUCCUUAGUGGAGCUAAUUCACACAACCUCCCCCAGAUACUCAGCAACACUCCUGCCAUUUUGUUAGAAUGUAAUUACAGGGGCUGUCUCGAUACAGACCACACAACAGUGUUCAGUUUUGGGGAUUCUGGAGCUAAACCUGAAGAAUUGGCCUCUAGCUUCAGAUACUAGACAACUUUACGCUGGACUUACAAGGUAUAAAUUUUUAAUAAGAAUAAUUAGCCACUGGCGAAUCCACCCCACCCCUGUGUAAAUGGUUCCAUCACUGAUGAUUUUUAAAUCAAGGUUGGAUAGUUUUCUGAAAGAUCUGCUCUAGGAAUUAUCUUACGGGAAGUUUGAGGGCCUGUGUUGUACAAGCGGUCAGACUAGAUCAGGGGUUCUCAAACUGAGGGUUGUGACCUAACUGUCAGCCUCAACCCCCAAACUCUCCCUCACCUCCAGCAUUUAGAAUAGUGUGACAUAUAUAUAAAAGUUUUUAAUUUAUAAGGGGUGGGGGGAUGGGACAUUGCACUCAGAGGCUUGCUGUGUGAAAGGGGGCACCAGUACACCAGUUUUAGAACCGCUGGACUAGAUGAUCACAAUGAGCCCUUCGGGCCUUGGACUCUGACAGGCUGCUGCUGGCAACACACCAACAACAAAGAGCUCCCCGCAGCAUGGAGAAAGUAGAAAUGAAAAACUAAUUGAGUUGAGCAGAAAUCUUUCCCAACAACAGGGAAGUGCUAAAAACUGUUAGCAAAUGUAAGACGUCCCUGCCAGUCCUACCUGAAUGAAUAGAAACAUUGAGAGUGGUGGUAGGAGAUGGAGGGAGAUUGGAAUGACAAGCCACAAUCGUGAGCUAGACAAGUGAGAAGCAAAAUGAUUUUCAGUAGGAGCCACUGAUUUUGGGAGCCCAACCUGAGAUGCCUUAAAGAAGCCUGAUUCUCAGAGGGCAGGUGUGCAGUACUUCAUGAUCAGAGAGGUAGCCGUGUUAGUCUGGAUCUGUAAAAGCAGCAAAGAGUCCUGUGGCACCUUAUAGACUAACAGACGUUUUGGAGCAUGAGCUUUCGUGGGUGAAUGCAUCUGAAGAAGUGGGUAUUCACCCAGGAAAGCUCAUGCUCCAAAACGUCCCUUAGUCUGUAAGGUGGCACAGGAUUCUUUGCUGCUUUUACAGUACUUUAUGAAAAUCAGGUCCUUUUUACCGCAUCUCAGGCACUGAAGCACCCAAACGUAUUUGACUAAGCUUUUGCAUAGUGUCUAUGUUCCUUAAUUUUCCUUUAGUUAAAUACAUUUUCAUUCAUAGAUAGAUUUAAAAUAAAACAAAACGUGUGUAUGUGCGCGCUGGAUUCUCCAUUUACUAACUUGCCCACCGAGCUGGGUGGGAUGAAGGAAUGAAGGGAGCUGUGACACAGGUUCUAGUAAAAACAAACAAUCCAUCCUAGAUCUCAAAGUAAAAAUAGUUAAAUGGUUUUCUUUCUAUUUUAAAUCCACAACCACCUCCUUUUGGUAGCAGCACCCUCUUCUUUCCCACCCCCAUUUAUUCCUUUUUUCCUCAAAACACACUUUCAAACAUUGUAAAGAAAAAUAGUAGUAUUCGUUAUUUUCAGUGGGCUUUUCUCACUGGCUACUAUGUCAACGAUGCGGCUCUCCUCCCACGGAGGUGGAGUGAUAUUUCCAUGUCUUCCUAGAGAAAUCGGCUAACUGGAAUGAUUCGUGCAUCUGGGCCACUGGUUACUGAAGCCGAGAGGUGCACAGUUAGACAUGCAGUAUAUUUUAGCUGUAAAAACAUCUGCCAACACAAAAUAUUUAAAAAACCCUGUUAAAGGCUAGUUUUCUCUUAGGCUGUGUCUACAUUGGCACUUUCAUUGUUAAAACUUUUGUUGCUCAGGGGUGUGAAAAAUGAAAGACAAAAGUUUUAAUGACAAAAAGCGCCCGUGUAGACACCACUUUGUCGGCAGGAGAAUCUCCUGCUGACGAAUCUACCGCUCCCUCAUUAGGAGAGCUCUCUCCUGGCCACAAAGAGCAGCUACAACAGCACAGCAUU